AUGUUUCAGAUCCACUACUACCACCCUCAUUCCUCCAUCCCCACCCACUCUCACCCACCCCUACCGCCACCAUCCUCUACUCCCGCCCCCAUUCCUCCAUCCCCACCCACUCUCACCCAGCCCUUCUUUCAUCAUCCUCUACUCCCACCUUCAUUCCUCCUUCCUCACCCUCAUUCCUCCAUCCCCACCCACUCUUACCCACCCCUACUUUCAUCAUCCUCUACUCCCACCUUCAUUCCUCCAUCUCAUCCUCAUCUCCCCUCAUCCAUCCUCCCACCACCCACCCCUCCCUGUCUCUACCGGUCCCUAUCCCUCUACCCUUCCUUCUCUCUCCCGCCCCUCCCAUCUCCCCAUCACCCUGAUCCAUCCACCCUCCCACCACCCCACCCCUCCCUGUCUCCACCGUUCCUCAUCCCUCCACCCUUCCUUCUCUCUCCCGCCCCUCCCAUCUCCCCACCACCCUGA